AUGAUACUUAAAUUAUCAGUACUGAUGAACUUAUUCUGCUCAUUACUUUGGAUAUUUCAAUUAGCUGAAGGUCAAUUCAUUCAAAACAGUGAACAACGAAUGAUUGAUGUUAACAAAUCAUUUUCACGCUUAAAUUUGAUAGAUGCUAAAACUUUGGAUGUUCAUAAAUUAAAUAAGCUUAUUUCAUUUAUCGAUAAAACAUGGAUUUUACCUUAUUCUGGUGCUUAUCAACCUAUUGGUUCUAAUUUUAAGUACAAAAAAACAUGUGCAAAAAUUUAUCAAACUCAAAAAGAUGCUUGCAAAGAAAUCGGUUUUGGCAUAAUGUGUUUCAAUUAUUGCUUCGAACAAGGUGAAGCAUUGAUAUUUCGAUGUCAGGAUAUAGCCAAUCCAGUGUAUUGCGAAAAUAAUUCAGCAUUUGAUUUAUUCCUCAUGCAAUAUCAAAAUGAUCCACAGAAAGCUAAAAGCUACAUACGCCAGAUGAUUUCACGAUGCUAUGCAACAGCAGUAUGUGAUACACAACACGGAAUUCUAAAUACAACAAUUAUUGAUGGAAAUAAUGAAGAGUGGGAAAGUAAUCAUGUAGCAUCAAGUUUAAACUUAACCACCCAUUAUAAAAAUCGAAAAGAACGUCCGCAAGUUACUCGACAACAACUGCAAGGAAUACAACCAACAAGACCAAUACCAAUAUGGCAGUUACUUCUACUUCGACAGAGAAUGAGAAUGAUUGCAGAAGUCAAAUCAUUCCCGAUAGUGAAAGCAACGGAACGCAAUGGGCUAACUGAAGUCUUGAACAAACAGAGUUUAGAAAAAUUUGGAAAUAUGGAGAUAACAGAAGGAAACAAUUCCAAGGAUAUAAAUAAUAAAAAUAGUUUGGAAUAUACGCGAGAAAUACUCACCCAAGAAACAACAGCAUCAGUAAAACAAAGUGCCUCAAGGAAAGAUCAAAAGGAAGAGUAA